AUGUCUGUAUUUGGACAUUGUCCCGCCACGCAAUCAAGUGACCUACCUCAAUCACCAAGCAGAAUACCAAAUACCGACCUCAAAGCCAAUUCUUUGGGCUUUCAAUCCUCUAUCCGUCGCGAUUCUACUUCUACUUUUGAGUCAACGGAGACCUCGCCCACAACAACCAUCUCGACGGUGGAAUCAUCACUCACAGAGCCUUCUCCAGGCUCAUCCCCUGAGUCACCAGGCUCAGUCCAUACGAGGUCGUCAUUUCAGAGUCCGAAGACUAGUCUACAUCUCAGCCCACGGACGAUGGAAGGGAAAGGCCGCUUCUCAAAUUCGUUUCCAUCACUACCUGGAAUAGAUCAGUCAGAAUCCCCUCACAAGAAAGUCCGUAACAUGAAGAACUUGUCCGUCAAUACCUUGGCAUCAAAUCGACCUGCUACAUCCAAUCUACCUAAGCUUGGGAUGGUAGGUGCCUCCACCUCUCAGCCCAGUCACGCCUUUUCCGCCCCUCCAACUCCUGCCUUCAUAGUUCCUCCAAAAGCUCCUCGGCGAAAACCAAGCAAGCUAGGUCUUACUCUUGAAACGCCUGAUCCAGGGAGUUCUCAUGCCCAAGACCGUCCCGCUAUUGUCCCACAGACCCCUUCAGAUAGCCAAAUACAAACCCUAAGGCGAUUGCAAGCGUCGACAGACGGCUCCCUCCUCUCUCCGACCGUCGCACCUGAGGGUGGUAUGAGGUUGCCUCCAUUCACUCAAACGUCCAGUAGCCAGUUUACUAAGGUCGGUCUACCGCUAAGCAGCUCUCCGAAUCCACUAUCCUCACCAAUCAAGAAGCAAACUCUAGAGCACGUCAAAGAAGAACCAGAUUACGAGGUUCCCUUGUCGCAGGAAGCCAAGUCCCCUGCAUAUCCUCAAGGCCCAGUAUGCAUUUACGAUCCGUAUCUCUAUCUAUAUCUCGAGCCUACCGGAGUCGAAGCCCGAGAGUUUGAUGUAAUCCUAAAUGUUGCAAGAGAGGUAAGAAAUCCGUUUGAGAAAGAGAGAGAAGCGGUGCCAGAGAGAAGAACAGCAGAUAAAGGGGUUCAAACCAAUUUCGACAGAGUCGACAAGGGAGUUCAAGCAUCAUUUGAUGCUGCUGGCGGGGAUCUUGCAGGUCAAGAUGACGUACCAGAGCCGCUCACGGCUACCACUGAGUUCUCCUUCCGCUCUGCGGUUGAAUUGCAACAAGAUGAUGUUUGUAAAACAGCACCAAGCACGCCGAAAGCGAGUCGACCAGAGCCUGAAUAUAUCCACAUUCCAUGGGACCACAACGCUAAUGUAGUAGAUGAUCUGCUGAGGUUAUGUGAUCUUGUCGAGGACCGGAUCAGGCAAAAGAAGAAAAUUCUUGUUCACUGCCAGUGUGGGGUCAGCCGGUCAGCUAGUCUUGUAGUAGCAUACGGGAUAUACAAGAAUCCCCAGCUCACGGUUCAGGAAGCUUACGAUGCGGUAAAAAAUCGAAGCAGGUGGAUUGGCCCAAAUAUGAAUUUAAUUUAUCAAUUAUCAGAAUUCAAAGGCAAGCUUACAAAAGCGCAAGUGGGUAAUUGGCAAAGCUGGGGGGCACCAACUUCAGGAGGUUCCGGAUUGCAGCAACCCCGACCCGAAGACUCUCGCAUGGCAAUGUCUGCCAUAGAGCCUCAUCCGCCCUCAAAUCCGAUCACAGGUGGCAGCAGACUAUCCAGAUUCGCUCCUACUGCAUCUCACGAUUCUCCAGACUCAAAUUCGCGGGCGAGCAAGCCCCAACUAAGAAGCGUUAGUCCUGGGCCGUCGUCGGCUCCUCUUAAUUAUGGACUUGCAUCGUCGAAGGCUCCCUCUCCACCUCAGAUCAAGACUGGCCUAGACAUAAAACCAAUCCUUUCGCCACUAGAAACAAACACACUUCCUUUGGGGACUAUUCUGAGUCCCACUGUUCAAACGACCGAUAAUGCACCAGUCGGGGCAGUUGCUAGCGAUCUUCGAGAAGUUGCGAAAGGUUUACAACCUACCCUCCAAUCACCCAUGACUGGUUUCGCGGGACACAUUGUCAAGGGUCAAGUCGAUGAGACUGUUGCACCUCCAGGUAGUUGGCCAAACGAUGCUGAAACGCCAAAGAUAGCUGCCAAACCAUCGAUCUCUGACCUUGCCUUAGGCUUCAGCAGUCUCUUCGGUAGAAGGCAAGGACCACAAGCUUUAUCCCUGGGACCACAACUUUCAAGGCCAUCCCAUCCACCAAUAGCUCCACAAUCUUUCAAAUCGGUACUUCGUGACGAUGUGCCACCUACACCGUCUCUGCUCUCACCACGAGCAGCUGAAUUUACGGCCAGCCCUUUCCACAGGACCGUUGCUGGGGACCUUGCCGGCUCCUCGGUAUUCGAGCAGGGUCUAAUGAGCCCGAGGUCUGUUGAUGAAGAUCCGAGAAGCCCACCUCUGAAGGGUGAAGCACCAAUUACGAGGAACAUAUUCGAUGUCUUAUGA